UCAAAAGUGUUGAGCAAUCACGCACACAAUCAGUCACAACUUACAGUAAAUAUCGCGAUCAUCGACGGAAAUCUUAAUAAAGCAGUUCAGAAUGAUUCGUCGUGCAGCAAAUUCAAUGCUAGUUAAUUCUUUAAAACAGCAUCAAAUAGCGUCAAGCUCAAUUUUUAGACACAUGACGACAUUAUCAGAAAAUGAUAAUGUUCUGGUUAAUGAAAAUGGUACAGCCGGUGUUAUUACAUUGAAUAGACCAAAAGCAUUAAAUGCAAUCAAUACCGACAUGGUUAAAAAGAUUUAUGCGGCAAUGAGAGACUUUGAGAAACGAGAUGAUAAGAAAUUGGUCAUACUUAAAGGAGUUGGUGAGAAGGCAUUUUGUGCUGGUGGUGAUGUUAGAGCAGUCGUUGAAGGCCCAGUUAGUGAUGGGAAGGAAUUCUUUAGGAAUGAGUACAAGAAUAAUGAAUUAAUUGGCAAUUUUAGAAAACCUUAUAUCGCUGUUAUCGACGGAAUCACAAUGGGUGGAGGUGUUGGCUUGUCAGUCCAUGGAAAAUACAGAGUUGCAACGGAAAGGACGUUAUUCGCUAUGCCUGAAACAGCUAUCGGACUCUUCCCUGAUGUUGGUGGUGGAUAUUUCUUACCAAGAAUGGAAGGAAACAUGGGAUUUUAUCUCGGUAUAACUGGAUUUCGAUUAAAAGGACGUGAUGUUAAGAAAGCUGGAGUUGCCACUCAUUUCGUCGAAAGUUCAGCUCUUGAAGAACUGGAAACAGAGUUGGGAAAGUGCAAUAAUUCUGAUGAAAUUGACAAGACUUUAACAAAAUUCGAAGGAUUGUUUAAGGAUACAUCCGAAUUCAUCCUUCAACCACAUUUAAAACAAAUCGAAAAGGCUUUUGGUGGUGAUACAAUGGAAGUGAUAUUAAAGAGACUUCAUUCUGAUGGAUCCGAAUGGGCUAUGAAACAAUUAAAGACAAUCAGCAAAAUGUCACCAACGAGCUUAAAAAUUACUUUAAGACAGCUCCAACUUGGCAAAUCAAUGACCCUUCGUGAGUGCCUUCAAAUGGAAUUUAGAUUGGCUGUACAUUGCUGCAUCGAUAGUGAUUUUAAGGAAGGCGUUCGUGCAUUAUUAAUUGAUAAGGAUCAACAGCCAAAAUGGAAACCAAACUGUAUCGAAGAUGUUACACAAGAUCAUGUGAAUAAAUUCUUUGCACCGUUGCCUGAUAAUGAUGAGCUUGUUUUUGAGACAUCAGCAAAGUUGUAAAUAAUUGAGAUUCCUUUAAGGAAGGCGCAUUUUAAAAGUGAAAGUUAAAGAUUUAUAUUAAGUACCUAUACAAUUUGAACUGCAUUUAAUCCAUUGCAUUUAUUUUUGAAAAAUAAAGAAGUUGAAAACUGCUCGAAAUUAUUAA